UAGACUUUUGAAUAUAUACUGUAAAUUCAAACAGCAAGUCGAUGGAUAGGCUCUCCUUUACGCCUAAAAUUUCCCUUCUUUGGUGCGUCGUUCUGGGCGGGAAGCCCCAAAAUUCAAAACCCGUCGCCUCCUCCCGCUGCAAGCCUCGCCUCGCUCCCACUGCCACGCGGCCCCUCCACUUUGGGACCCACCAGUCAGCCUGUGAAUCAUCACCGCUCACCGAGCGGACUCGCGCGUUCCCACUUGCCACCACCCGGGGCCCACCGAGCAACCACCGCAUCCAACUUGAAUUCCCAAACGCUCCAAAAAGCCACCGAGCAGCACAAGCCCGGAGCAAUCCGCCGCGUCGCCACCCCGAAAGCUUCGAGAGGACGAGGUCAGAGUCCGAAUCCGUGACGCUGAGAUGGCUGGGAGCCGCACCGGGCUGUGGUGAUCUCCGGCGGGCUGGGUGCGGGGAUGGAUUUCGAGCGGAUGAAGCGCCGGGAGCUGCAGGCGCUCUGCAAGCGGCACGGCCUCCCCGCCGUUGGCUCCAACGCCGACCUCGCCGCCCGCCUCGCCGCCGCGCUCUCGGGGGACGCUGGUGCGGAGGAGGUUGUGGCGAGGAAGGGCUGUUUGAAGCGCUCGGGCGGUGGCUCGAGCAGCGGCGAUUUGGACGAGGUGAAGAGGGUGACCUUUGCGUUGGAGGAAGAGGUGGAUGUGAGCGGAAGAGGAUUAAGGCCCCGGUUGAAGAGGGGGAGCCGCAUGACUGGGAAGAUGCUUCCUGCUGAACAAGUGAGCGGAAGGGGCCGUCAGCGGAAGCUUGUAGAAGUUCCUGGUGAUUGUGCUGAUGAUGAUGGUGUUGCCGGAGUGGUUGGUGCGGAUGCUCCAGUGAGGCGGUCAAGUAGGAAUGCAGUGAAGUGGGGUGCUGUUGAUGGAGUCGAAAGUCACAACAAUUCUGCUAUGGCUGACGAAGAAGGGGAGGAGGUGGUACGAGAAGCAACUGAUAGGAAGCGAAAGCGCAAGACCCAGGAGAAUGCUGUCAGUGCGCAAGUUGGAAUUUCUUCUAGAGUCACGAGGAGAUCAAGCUUGUCGGAGGCCGCUCUUCUGUUGCCUCGUGUUGUUGAGAGGAAGAAAGGGAGGAGGAAGGCUGGAAAUGGUAAGGAUGAACUUGGUGCUGAGGAGCAGGCCGCCAAAGUUCAAGACCUGGACAGAACGUUUAGAUCUGGAUUGGUGGCGCUCGCUGGAGUCUCACCUGUUGUUGUUGAAAGUAAGAGAAGUACGAGGAAGGGGGGAGAUUAUGAACAUGCUGCGCAGAUGUCUGCUAAGGCGGAAGUAUCUGCUAGGACCACAAGAUCCCGCUCAGUAGCAGCUGCUGUGAUGUCACCCACUGUUGUUGAGAACAAGAGGAGGAAGACAGAAGAUGUGCACCUGGAUGGAGAGACACCUACAAUCUUGGAGGUGCCUAGAAAUGAUGCUCCUGUUUUCAGGUCGUUGAGGAACAGAGUUGUUCAGGUUAACAACUGUUUGGUGGAGGAAACUCACGUUGGAAAGAAGCUGGAAAACAAGAGGCAGCCCAGCAGACCAGCUACUCGCUGGAAUCAACAGCUUUCUGUAGAGGAAGAAGAUCAAGAACAUGUUGCUGCUCCCAGUAAGUGCCCCCCAUUGAGGCGAUCAGGGAGAAACAAGGCCAGUAAUGCAAAUUCAGAAACCAACAAAUCGAGUAGUGCACCAGUGGAGGCCAAAGACUCGAACAUAGCUCGGCCAUUGAUAUGCCAUAAUGCUAAGAGUGAAGAUGUGGAGAAACAACCAGCAGUUAAAGAACCUGUUAGACGAUCAACUCGUAAAUCUGUUGUCUCAGCUAUGCUUGAGAAAGGGGACAAGGAUCUAAUUGCAGAAAAGAGACCCGAGGCACAUGUUAGGAGAUCAAUGCGGAAAUCUGUUGUGCCGGUUAAAGAUAUCAAAGGUGUUGGUGAAGAGAUCCAUAAUGCUAAUGGUGAAGUUGUGGCGAAGCAACCAGCAGUGAAAGAACCUGUUAGAAGAUCCACGCUUAAAUCUGUUGUCUCAGCUAUGCUUGAGAAAGAGAAGGAUCUCAGUGCAGAAAAGAACCCUAGGAGAUCAAUGCGGAAAUCCGUUGUGCCGGUUAAAGAUAUUAAAGGUGUUAGUGAAGAGAUUCAGAAUGCUAAGGAUGAAGGUGCGGAGAAGCAAUUAGUUGUGAAGCAACCUGUCAGACUCUCAUCACGUAAAUCUGUUCCGUCGGAUAUGCUUGAGAAGGAGAUUGGGUUUCUAGUUGCUGAAACGGAUGCUAAGGCACAUGUUAGGAGAUCAAUGCAGAAAUCUAUUCUUCCUAAUAUGCUUAAUAAGGAGAACCAGGCUCACAACAAAAUGGACAGAAAGGACUUUCAAAGUGGUAAGGGUGGAGAUGAGGAGAAGCAACUAAAAGUAAAGGAACCUGUUAGGCGAUCUGUUGCCACAGUGGUGCUUGAGAAAGAGAAUAAGGGUCUUCAUGAGGAAAAGAAGUCAGAAAUUCCUAUGGGGAGAUCAACACGUAAAUCUGUUGCUCUUAAUGUGGUUGAAAAGGGGAACAUGGAUCACACUGAAAUGGUUGGAUGGGAACAGUCAAGAGUUGGAACAAGGAACCUGAAAGCAAGAGUUCAACUUACAGAUUGUGCUCUGGCUGUGGCUACAUCCGAAAACAAUUUGCAGGUAGAAGUGGCUGUCCAGAACAAUCAAGGCCUACAGCGGUCAACACGCAAAUCUUCAAAUCAUAAUUUAUCUGAUGAUAACAAAGCACAUCCUGGACCAAACAAGUAUGUGUCAUGUGAAAGAGUGGGUGAAGAGGGCAUGAAAUUGAGAAAACGCAGAAGGUCUUCAAUGGAAAUAUCAUCUCCAGCCAAUGAUUCCUGGAAUACAGAGGGUUUUGGUGGGCAGAAAUUCAGGAAGGAGCAGAGCGCACAAACUCCAAAUGGAAAAGAUAACACAGGGACUAACCAUGAGAAGCCACUGAAAUCACAGAAGGAAUCAAAUUCCACAACUUCAAAGGGAAGGCCUGCAAAGAGGAGAAAAACAACUGCUCCAGAAGAAGUUAUGUCUGUGGAGGAGGCAAAAUCUGAUGACAUGGUUAUCAGUGAAGCAACACAGGAUGGAGAUAAAGUUGCUCGUGAAUAUAGUAAGGAGUCUAGUAGCAAAAUUCAAGAAAUUUGUCAGGUUAAUGCCACAGGAGAAGAGUUCUCUUCAGGUCCAUUGCUUGUAACACUCCCUGAAGAGACUUGCAUAGUUCAGAGCGUACAUAAGGUGAUACCUGGGUCAGAAUCUGGUGAUGUGGACAAAUGGUGUCAAAAUCCAGAAAUUUACCACUCGUGUGCAAUGGAAAGUUCAGAUAAGUGUAAACAAGCUCAGGAAUACUCUGACAUUGAAACUGACGAUAGCCAUUUAUUUGAAACAAGAUUUGGGGAGUUGGAUCAAUCAUCAAGCAUCUCAGAACUAGUCCCGCACACUGGUAUUGUCUCAGAGAACAAAACAUUGACGGAUGAAGGUGAGGUUAACUUGGGUGCUAAGCGCAUUCAAAUUGUGAAAGCUGGUUCCUAUGAAGUUGGUUUGGAGGCUUUAAAUAAAUCUGUUGGUAUUGCACAAGAAAUUAGAUCGAGCACUGCUGUACUCAUUUUGGAGGCUGAAGCUACUGUAGAUGACAGUUAUACUGUUAAUGCUGAGACAAAAAAACAAUUGGAUGAAGUGCCUGUUGGUGCUGCAGAAGUUGCUUCACCAAUUUUAUCUUACUGUGAUGACACCACUGUAACAGUUACGGAACCUCAAUUUGCUUGGCAAAAGGAUAGUCACGAUGUGAGCACAGAUGAUGUUUUGCCAAUUUAUUUCACUGUUGGAAAUCGUGAAGAGCAAAGCCCUGUAGCUGAGCAAGGGAGAGUUGGUGGGAAAACAAAUACAAGUGAGUCCGGAGAAAAGAACUUAGCUGAUGUCAUGUCUACUGGUCUCCACACCAAAGAUGUUGUUCCAAUUGAUUUCACUAUUGAGGAGCAUGAAGAACAAUAUUCAGUGAGCCCUGUAGCUGUCGAAAAGAGAGUUAGUAGGGAAGCAAGUGCAAGUGAAUCUGCAGGAAUUGCCCUAGUUGGCAUCUUGUCGACUGGUCUCCAGACCAAAAAUCUGCAACAUGUUUGUGAUGUACUAACUAAAGAGACUGGUGAAGGCAGUAAACCAGAAGUUCACUGUGAUGCAAUUGCUGAAGAAAGCAUUCUAGUUGCUGAUCUGGGGAAAUGUCUCAGCAAGGGUAGCAAAGGGAACCCUCUUUCGACAAAUCUGUACUCAGAAGGUGAUACCGACGACAGUAUUCUUCCAGUACUGAAUGCUGCUAAGGGAUGUUCAUCAGAUGGAACACAUUCGUCAUUUGGUCUUAAGCUUCUAUUUGCAGAAGAGUGCAAAGAAAACUAUUCCAGUAAUGAAUUUGUUGGUCUUUAUAUGGAAGCAGAUUGUAGCCUUGCUGGCAAGGACAUGAGGCUUGUUGCAGAUAAUCCUGAUGAUGAACAAGCUAUAGUUCAGGUCCAGCAGGGCGAUGUACAAGAAGGUACCCUUGAGAAGCCUUCACUAAGUUCAGCGACACCAGAAUGUAAACAUGAAUAUGGUUUGCCUGAGGAAGCAGUAUUGCACUCAAUGAAGAACAAGGUGUGUUUACCGAGUGCAGAACAAUCACCAUUUGGUCUACAGUCCCUGUUCUCGCAGGAAAGUAUUGAAAAAUCUGUGGAAUAUGGUUCCCUUGCUUCUGCAACAGCUCAUACCGAAAACGGAGUUGGUGAAUUAAAAGAUUGCCAUGUGAAGUGUGCACUCGAAAAAUCUCCUUUGUCAGGACCUGUUUCACGCUAUGACACUCAAGAAGGUAGUUGUUUGAUGUCUAAAAAUGAUAAUGGAUUACCAAAGAGUGGCCAUGAUGAAGAACGGGGUUCAUCAAGUCUGUCAGAUUUUUUGGUGGAUGCAAAGCACAGAGAGGAGUUAAUUAAUUCCGAGGAAGUGGCCUGUAAGAGUGAAGGAAGUAGGAAGCUUGUCCAUUCUGAAGGACAUAGUGCUUCAUGUGAAAAAUCAGAUGUCAAUUGGCCGGCUGAUAAUGCUUAUGGAAUUAGCGACGCUGUACCGAGCAGCUCUUUGCAUGCUCCUGCCAAUGACAAUGAUGAUGUUUGUUUGGGUUCUACCCUGGCCCAGUUAGAAUCAACUGAUUUCUUGGAUAAAAUGAUUGGGUGUUCCAAUACUGAAGUGCUGCAUCGGGGUCAUAAAGACCGAUGCAAUGAGGAUAGGGAAGAGCAAGUUGCUUCCGGACCCUGCACAAAUGAUAUUAUGGAGGCUGCUACUGCCAAAUACAUAGAAAAUGGAGUGGUGCUUCUCCCAGCGGAAGAAAGAUCAAAUUUGAAAGAUGGGCAGCUUAACUCCAUGCUGGAGGGCACAAAAGUUAUGGAAUCUGGCCUUAACAGUAAUAACGAUGUUAGUAACACUUCGGACAAUGGAUCUGUUGUGGGCAUUGUUGGUAAAAAAACUCCAUCUGGUUCCAUUUUACCAAAAGAUUCUCCUACCGAUCAUUAUCUGCGACAGGAGCUUUUUGAUGGCUUCUCAGUGGAAACAUCUCUUGAAGGGUCCGCUAUCUUGGGGGAGAAAAUUGCUCCUAGUGUGGGAGCUACUAUUGGGAACCCCUCAUUUAGUUUAGCAACUCCUGGUUAUAAACAUGAAGGUGCUUUGUCUGAGGAAGCAGUGCGCAGAAUGAAGAACUAUGCUGGAACAUGCUCAUCAGAUACCAGACAAUUACUCAUGGAGCUGCAGUCUCUGUUCUCAAAGGAAAGCACCGAAGAAUACGAUCCGCUCGAUGGCCUUGCAUUUCCAAGCGCUGAAAGCGGAGGAGAUGGAUCCACCGUUCGCCAUGUUGAAAAACUGGUUGGCACACUUGUUUCUUCAGAACCUGAUACAUACCAAGGCCCUCGUCAAGAUCUCAGCAGAGCUGAAGAAAAAGAGGGUCGCGUGACUGUUUCCCUGGAAGAUAAUGAACAAGAGGGAUUCUUGAAGUCCAGACAGAUGAAAGAUUGGGAUUUAUCAUCCCAGUUUGAUUUGACAGAGGAUGCACAUCAUAUUGAAAGGGAUAUUAUUGCUGAGGAAGUACUUUGCGAGGAGAAAGAGAAAAGAAAGUCUAUGCCUACUACAGAUAGUGAUAUUCUCCAUGAAAAAUCGCACUCCAACGGAUAUGCUGAGCAUGCUUCUUGUGCUAGUGAAACUCAAUUUUGCAGUUCACAGAAAACAUCUAUUUGUGAUGGACUGCAUUUGUGUCCUAUAGAAUCAGUGGAUGCUUUGGAUAAUGAUAUCCCCUAUUUCAACACAGGAGUUCUCCAUCAGCAUCAUAAAGAGGAAUACUAUGAACACAAUGAAGAUCAAGUUACUUCAGGCAUCCAUGCUAUGUCUGAAGCUGCUCCAAUCAAAGUAUUAGAUAAUGGGAUAGCACUGGUCCAAGCUGUAGAAACGUCAGGACUGCCAGAUGAGCAGCUUAAUCCUGAGCUGGAGGGCAAUAAAGGAAUUUGUCAAUCUCGUGGCUUGAAGCAUAAAGAUGAAAUCAACUCCAAGCUGUCGAGUUGUGAUACUGAGGUGCUCCAUCAGGAUCAUAAAGAGGAAUGCAAUGAACUUAAUGAAGAUAAAGUCACUCCUGAAGUCCUUGAAAACGACAUGUCUGAAGCUGCCUUAGUUGAAGAAAUGGAAAGUGCAAUAAUGCUGCUCCCAGUUGCUGUAAUGUCAGAGUUGCUUGAUGAGCAGCUUAACCCCAAGCUGGAGAGUGAUGAAGGUGAGGAACACAGCUUUAGCUGUGAUAAAGACACAAUUGAAACUUUCUGUACUGGAUCAGUGAAGAACGAGCUGUCCCAUUUGCCCAAAGAUUGCCAUAUAGACUCUUGCCAGAAACAGGAGGUCCCAGAUAACCUUUCUGUACCUAAAUCUCCUGAAGAAUCUGCAAAUUGUCAGGAUGAGAAUGUUUUGCGAUCAGGACCUUGUCAAACUAGUGGGAAAAAGUGUAUUGAUGAAAGCAGCAGUAUGCAGUUGACUUCUAAUAUUGAAGCGGUCAAUCAGGAUCACGAGGAGUGCAAUGAAAAUAAUGAAGACCAAAUCACUCUUGGUAUCCCUGCUAUCAACAUGUCUGAAGCUGCACAGAUUGAAAGACUUGAAAGGGAAUUAGGUCUGAACCCUUCUGCAGGAACAUCGGCAUUACCAGAUGAGCAGCUUUACACUAAGCUGGAGGGCAACGAAGUUGAUGAACACAGCUGUAGCUACGAUAAAGACACUUGCAGCUUAUUUUAUACUGAAUCGGUGGGGAACAACAAAGCAUCCAACUUGCCCAAAGACACUCACGGGGAUCCUUCCAAUGAUCAUGAUCUUCCAAAUGACCUAUCUGCUCCAAGAUGUCCCAAGAAAUCUACAAUUUUUCAGAAUGACACUCUUUUGGGAUCAGUAGGAAUUUCUCAAAGCAGCAGGCGAAGGGCUGUAGACAAAAUCAGUACUAAGCUGCAAAGUUUUAAAGUUUCCAGUACAGUAAAAGGAAGCUACAUUGCUAUGAGCGCCCCUCGUACGAAGCAAGGGGACAACUUGAGUCAAUCUGCAAUUGCGUUGCUCAGGAACAAGGAGAAUACACCUGCUGUCAAAGCGGACCGUCCCGUUAAGCUGAACCCUGAUUGCUCGGCUGCGAAGGACUCAUCAAGACGAACGUUGCAGCCCAUCAGUGGAAGACCAAGGGAUCACUGAUAGAUGGUUGGUUGUAGUAUCUUGUUGGUAUUUUGCGUUUCUGUUACACCUUUGGUUGUUAUUUUUGUUGUCUUUCAAUCUUUGGUUGAAGGUCACCUGUGCAUCUGACGGAAAACGAUCCGUGUAUUUGUGUAGCGAGUAGUGGUGAAGCUGCUCUGCAUUUGUUAUCUGGAGUACUUAACUUAGUGCGUCCGUGGUAGUAGUGUUAUGAAACUGAUACAAUUGUGCAGAUGGUUAACCAGGUGUUGUGUUAUGGAACAUUUCAAAAUGUUAAUUACGUAAUUAAGUAUGUAUGAUCAUCAUUGUAUGUAAUUAUACGUAUUUAUUUAUCGAGUUGAGUUGA